GUAACAAGAAAUACAAUGCGGCAGUAGACUGGUGGUCAUUAGGGAUAAUACUCAGUGAAAUGGCCACUGGAAGAUCCCCAUUUGAUGACCACUACCACCAACAGGAUGUGAGAAGUUCCAUCCUCACUGAGAAGCCGGUGUUUCCUGAGGGGAUGAGCACAACAUUGCAAGAUCUCCUGCAGAAGCUUCUGAAGAAACAGCCGCACAAACGUCUUGGGGUGAAUGGAAAUAUAAGGGAACAUUCACUCUAUAGGAAAACUAACUGGGAAGACGUUGAAAGGCAAAGGAUUUCACCACCAAUUAGAUUUGAAGCUGAUUGCUGUGACUUUAUAAGUACCGACCUGCCAUUCCUGAAUUGCAACACCGCUGUGGAUUCAGAUGACUGCAUUCUCGAAUGCUUUACAUUUGUGAAUCCCAGCUGGCAGGAGUGAGUAAGUAUGUGCUGCCACGACUUGGCUACUGACAUCUAGCUGGUCAUUCACCUGGCACCUUUAAGUCAUUCAGCACACUGGCUAGCUGCUCAACCAUUUUGUCUGCCCUUACCACCCUCUGUGUUGUCCACUUGCUCACCAGAAAUUUACCAACACCUACUCAAGCCCGUCUUUAGCAUGGCAUGGUACCUGAUGCACUUAAUCAUUCAAAUGCAUUUUUUAUCUGUGUCCAUCAAAGUCUACAUCACAUGACCAUACAAAGUGGCUUUAUCUCUGCCACUACUAUCUGCAAAAGUGACUGGACCACUAAGGAUAUUUGCCCCAUGGUUACACACAUGUCCAUACCACUGCCUGCCCCUCUAGACCAUGCUGCCGCUUGUUCCUACUGACGGGAUCACUGCCUGCUUGAUCCUACCUGUUCCAUCUAGCGAUAUCACUGCCUUUUUCAUUAGACUUUACCUGGUCCACCUGGUUCUACCAUCAUUGGCCUUACCACCAAAAACAGCACCUUAUUUAAAAAUCACUAUUUUUGCUGAUUAAACUUUCUGUGCAGUUGUCCCCACUUCUGAUGAGGGGCCAUGUCCUUGGUAAGCCUUUGGGAUAAGGGGUAAUUUUUAAGUGGCUUGCAUAAGAAUCAUAAGACACUGCAUACAGCAUACGGGGAGGUAAGGACACAAAGGUAUUCACACUUAAAUAUUAAAAUACGUAAAUAUGGAAAUCGCUAUGCAAGCCUUUAUUUUGUAUUACCCCUUAUACCACUGGGCAUAGGGUAGGGAAUGGGUGGGCCAAGGACAUGGCCACUCGAUCAGAAUUGGGUUUGAGACACCCUGUACAAAGUUUUAAAAUUUUAGCACAAGCAGCACAAAUAUAAAUAACUUACUGUCCAUGGAUCUAAAAGUCAUCAGGCAAUGGUUUAUUUAUAGU